CCACGCUACUUCCCCAUGUCUUCCGCUACGGGUGCCCUUAGUGGCGGGAGAGAACGAGGUUGAUGGAGGUGGAGGUGGAGGUGGAGGGGUUGGUCGUGGUCGAGUAUAAGAUCCCUUCGUCUGGACCUGACUCGGGACGAUGACCUUUCAGAAAGAACGAUACAAGAGCUAGCAUAGACCCUACUCGCUACCUAUUAGAGUAGGAAGUCAGAUUCGAAGCAAGUCGUCUUAUCUUCUAGUACAAGUUUAAGUCAACUCUUUCGAACUUUGAGGAAACUUGGUCCAUUACUCGUACCUACCUCUCUACAUACCUACCCCUACCCCUACCCCUACCUCCCAACAUAUAUAUACCAACAAUGCCUCUCCUUACCAUGACGAAAGGGUACAACAGUGACGUAGAAGCUCUGCGUCAAAAAGAGUACCCCCAUAUGAACGAUGGGGUCUAUUUAGACCACAGCGGAGCCACUAUAUAUGCGAAAUCUACCGUUGAUUCAUUUUGCGCCAAGAUGGUCACCAACCUGUACGGAAAUCCACACUCGGAGAAUUUUCCGGCCAAACUUUCCGGGGAUGUCGUUGAUCAGGUGCGGGAGAAGACGCUCAACUUCUUCGGUGCAGAUCCCGAACACUUUGACUUGAUUUUCGUAGCAAACGCUACUGCGGCUAUCAAACUUGUUGCAGACUCUUUUAGAGACUUGUCUGAGAAAACAAGUGAUCGGAGGUUCUGGUACGGCUACCACAAAGAUGCGCAUACGAGCAUUGUGGGAGUUAGGGAGUUGACAUAUGGGCAAUCUUACUGCUUCCGAGGUGAUCAGGAAGUAGAAAGAUGGCUGCGUUCCCCUGAGUCGAGUUUUGUCAACUGUUACCAUCCCGGCGGUUUGGGGCUCUUCGCCUACCCUGGGCAGUCCAACAUGUCCGGCAGAAGACUACCACUGUCGUGGCCCGGAAUUCUGCGACAGUCAGAAUACUUACAGAACACCUAUACCCUCCUUGACGCUGCCGCGUUAGCAAUGACAUAUCCCAUGGAAACUAUUUUCCGCGAUGUGGACCGCGCACCGGACUUCACCUGCUUGUCCCUAUACAAAAUCUUCGGAUUUCCAGAUAUCGGGGCGUUAAUUGUUCGAAAAGAAUCAGGGCACAUUCUUACUCUCCGGAAGUAUUUCGGCGGAGGAACUGUGUCCAUGGUUGCGACGUUUGGCGAGAAUUGGCAUCGAUCAAAGGGUCUACAAGCACCUACUUAUAAGCUUCAUGAAGGUCUCGAAGACGGAACUCUCCCAUUCCAUAACAUUCUCGCUCUUGGAGAAGCUAUCGAUGUUCACAAGAAGCUGUAUGGGUCAAUGAGCAGGAUCUCCGAUCACACGUCCUACCUCAUCUCUAGACUGUGUCGAGGUAUGGCUACUAUGCGCCACUCCAACGGACGACCGCUUUGCCGAAUCUACAACGAAAAUAAUAAUUUCGAUGACCCAACAAAGCAAGGCUCUGCCAUUGCGUUCAAUAUAUUGAGAGCAAAUGGACAGCAUGUACCUUACUCUGACGUCGAACGUUCGGCCAAUUCUGCAGGCAUAUAUAUAAGAUCAGGAGGGGUCUGUAAUCCCGGCGGCAUCUUCACGGCGCUUGGCUAUGAGCCGUGGAUGACCGAACGUGCCCUAUCUGCCGGUCACCAUUGUGGCUCACAUGGUAUAAGCAUCAUCCACAGGCUUCCCACAGGAAUUGUUCGAGCCAGCUUGGGGGCCAUGUCAACUAAGCAGGAUGUCGAUACGUUCCUGGACUUCCUACGUACGACGUUUCUUGAGGACGAUGAGGAGUGGCCAACUCCGACCCGAGCGGCCGUCCUGUCUCCACGUUCCGAGGCCCUUGCCUUCGACCUCCCCGUUGAUUAUACGACGAGUAACUUCCCCGAUGUGCGGGAGGUCCCGCGCCCGCGCCCCAUGCCCCAUCAUUUCUCAUCGGCCCCCGAAGCUACUCCUAGGGUUACUCCCUUUGCGAUGAAUGACCUAAUCAAUGGAAUCAGUGGUCUUGCCGCUGUCAAGUAAAACAUUAAGGAUUAUGACUAGCAACAAUGGUUUCCUAAAAUGUGUUCUGUUUGCUCCAUUAGUGUUCCGAUGUCUGCUCUGCUCAUGUAUGAUCAGUGUAUGAUCAAGUCAGGAGGUUGCAGAGCAACACACACACACGCUCAUUCAUUCAAAAAGGAGGGAGCGGUAUCACACAUGUAAUACUUUAAGGCAAAUUGGAUCUCUUCCUCCCUUGUCUGGCAUUGGAGUUGGUUUUCUUAUUAUAGCUAUAACGGGUGUACACACCAUUCUGACAGUAUCCGGAUAAUAAAAGAAACGUGUAUUGUAGGCAACAUUAGGUAUUAAUAAGAAGUUUGCCGUUGGCUUCCUUUAAAUUCAA